GUGUGUUUUCUACCCGUGAAAAUGAUCAGUUCAGACUUUGGGUUCUACCUCAAUGUUCUCAUUUUCUCAUCAUGUGAUGAAUUGUGUGUCUGCAGCUUAUCAGGCUGUUUGGUCUCAGAGGAAGGCUGUGCUUCUCUGGCCUCAGCUCUGACCUCCAACCCCUCCCAUCUGAAAGAGUUGGACCUGAGCUACAAUCAUCCAGGAGACUCAGGAGUGAAGCUGCUGAGAGCUGGACUGAAGGAUCCACACUGGAGACUGGAAGCUCUCAGGGAGCAUCAUGGGCUGGGCGGGGCUUCCACUGAUGGAUCUACUGAAAACUCAAACUGUCUGAAGACAACAGGAAGGUGACAUUUGUGAAGGAGCUUCAGUCAUAUCCCUGUGAUCCAGACAGAUUUGAUAUCUGUAAUCAGCUGCUGUGUAGAACUGGUCUGACUGGUCGCUGUUACUGGGAGGUCAAGUGGAGAGGAGAAGUUGAUGUAUCAGUGAGUUACAGAAGAAUCAGGAGGAAAUAUAUCAGUGGAGACUGUUUCUUUGGAUGGAAUGAUCAUUCCUGGAGUCUGAGAUGCUUUGAUGCUGAUGGUUACUCUGUCUGGCACAAUAAAAGACAAACUCGUCUCUCCUCCUCCUCUGUCUCUAACAGAGUAUCAGUGUAUGUGGACUGUCCUGCUGGCAUUCUGUCCUUCUACAGAGUUUCCUCUGACUCACUGAUCCUCCUCCACACCUUCAACACCA